AUGUCAUCCAACACGCUGCCCAAGCGGGUUUUGGUAGCCAUCACCAGUUACAAUGGUGCACUGUAUGACGAUGGCAAGCGCACCGGCCUCUACUGGUCCGAAGCCCUCCACCCAUACAAUGUCUUCGUCGAGGCGGGUUUCGAGGUGGAUGUGGCCAGCGAGAAGGGCACCAUGGGCUACGACGAGCACUCCAUCGAGGGCGACGGCCUCGACCCCGAGUCGAAGGAGGCAUGGGAGGACGUAAACAACCCCCUGAAGAAGGCCCUGAAGGAGAGCCUGCUGAAGGCCGCGGACGUCGACCCCCCCAAGUACGGCAUCUUCUUCGGUGCGGGCGGGCACGGCGCGAUUUACGACUACCCCGGGGCCUCUGGUCUCCACGCGGCGGGCAGUGCAAUCUACGGUGCUGGUGGUGUCAUCGCGGCGGUGUGCCAUGGGCCCGCCAUCCUACCGGGGAUCAAGGACCCCGCCACCGGCCAGCCGGCCAUCAAGGGCAAGAAGGUGACAGGGUUCACCAAGGUAGGCGAGGAACAGAUGGGGCUGCUCGAGAGCAUGCGCAAGGACAAAGUGCACACCAUCGAGGAGUUGGUCACCGAAGUGGGUGCCAAGUAUGUCCAGCCUCCUGGAGGACCUUUCGAUGACUUCAGCUACACUGAUGGCAGGGUAGUGAGUGGAGUGAACCCCGCCAGCGCAAAGUCUACCGCGCAGGCUGCCCUGAAGGCAUUUGAAUCCUCCCAGUGA